UCUCUCUCGAAAGCAAGAAAAGGGAGGGUUCUUUCUCGCCUUUGGUUUUUUUCGUUUCCAAAAGCCUACGAAAAUCCGAAGUCUGAUGACAUCGGGGUCGGAAAUCAUACCCAUUAAUUCGACACAGAAGCACGAUCCAGCAUGGAAGCAUUGUCAAAUGAUCAAGACAGGCGAUCGGACUCAGCUCAAAUGCAUCUACUGUGGGAAAAUUUUUUCAGGCGGCGGUAUUCAUCGGAUAAAAGAACAUCUAGCAGGCCAGAAGGGAAAUGCUGCUAGUUGCCUUAGAGUGCAUCCUGAUGUCCGGCGGACCAUGCAACAAAGCUUAGAUGGGGUUGUGGUGAAAAAGAAAAAGAAGCAAAAGAUUGCUGAGGAUAUUCGAAGCUAUAUGCCAACCGCCAAUGAAUUAGGACCAUUAGCCAACCAAAGUGAAGUCAGUACAGGCCUCCAAUUGCUUGCAUUGCCCGAUGGGUUCGAAUCGAAUUUGGUUUUGUCGGCAAAGAGAGAGGACAGUGUGGCCAAAAGUUCAGAUAAAAGAAAGAGAGCAAGAGUGAAGAAUUCUUCUCCUCCUUUGGCAAUUUCCAAUGUGCAUCCGAUAGUUAAACUCGAUCCAAUUGGUAAACUUGAUACGAUUAACAAACUUGAUUCGGGGGCCAUGAAAGCGAAGGAUCAUAUGCAUAUGGCCAUAGGCCGGUUUCUUUAUGAUGUUGGGGUGCCUCUCGAAGCGGUGACUUCGGCGUACUUCCAACCAAUGAUCGACGCCAUUGCAUCAGUUGGGCCCGGGCUUGAAGCACCCACGUAUCAUGACAUCCGGGGUCGGAUCUUAAAGAGUUCAAUUGAGGAAGCUAGAAGUAUGGUGGAACAAUAUAAAUGUUCAUGGGGAAGAACUGGAUGUUCGAUCAUGGCCGAUGAAUGGAAGACUGAAAUGGGUAAGACUUUGAUAAACUUCUUGAUCUAUUGCCCUGAAGGAACGAUGUUUUUGAAAUCCAUCGAUGCAUCAUAUGCAAUCACGUCCAUUGACUCUCUCUACGAAUUGCUUAGGGGAGUAGUGGAAGAGGUCGAUGUUAGAAUUGUACUUCAAGUAAUUACAAACAAUACCGAAAAUUACACCGCUGCUGGGAGAAGGUUAAUGGAAACCUUCCCAACUUUGUUUUGGACCCCGUGUGCCUCUCGAUGCAUUAAUUCAAUGCUUGAUGAUAUUGGGAAAUUGGAUAUGAUAACUAAUCUUCUUGGCCAUUCGCAAUCAAUCACGAAAUUCAUAUACAAUCAUGGUGUAGUUUUGAAUAUGAUGAGAAAGUACACAGGCGGCAAGGACUUGCUACAUCCUAUCAACACCCGAUUCGCCACAAACUUCAUUGCAUUGCAAACAAUGGUUAGUUUGAAAGAUAGAUUGAAGGCUAUGGUUACUUCACAGGAGUGGAUGAAUUGCCCAUAUUCAAAGAAACCGCUUGGUAUUAAAAUGGCCGAUCUUAUAUGUAGUCCAUCAUAUUGGUCAGCAUGUAGUACUAUCAUCCGUUUAACAGAAUCGCUCGUGCGUGUUUUGAAGAUGGUUGAUAGUGAUGAAAGGCCUGCAAUGGGCUACCUAUAUGCAGGUAUAUAUCGUGCAAAAGAAGCGAUUAAGAAAGAGUUGAAGACAAAGAAGGAUUACAUGGCGUAUUGGAAUAUUAUCGAUGGGAGGUGGGACAGGCGGCUGCACGGUCCUCUCCAUGCGGCGGCUUUUUUCCUCAACCCUCGGUUUUUCUAUAGCAUCCAAGGCGAUGUGCAUAAUGAGAUCAUGUCAGCGAUGUUGGAUUGCAUAGAAAGAUUGGUGCCUGAGAUUAAAAUCCAAGACAAAAUCAACAAAGAGCUGAGCUCAUACAAGAAUGCAACAGGGGAUUUUGGACGGAAGAUGGCAAUUCGAGCUAGACAUACUUUGCUUCCAGCUGAGUGGUGGUCUACAUAUGGAGGGGGUUGCCCGAAUUUGACACGUUUGGCCAUUCGUAUUCUCAGCCAAACCUGCAGCGCAAGUGGAUGCAAACGGGAUUUGAUUCCUUUCGAGCAAAUCCAUAACCGGAGAAGAAACCGAUUGGAACAUCAACGGCUCAAUGACCUUGUGUUUGUCCAGUACAACUUGCGGUUGCGGCAAAGGAAACAACUGCAGAAUACAUUCCUAGACCCUAUUUCUGUUGACGCUAUCGACAUUUUAGAAGAUUGGGUCUUAAUAGAGGAGUCACCCUUUGAGGUAGAUGAUGGUUCGAGUUGGAUGGCGGUCGAGCAACCUGUAGAAAACAGCACAUAUUUAGAAUCAACAAACGACGAUUCUGAUGGUGUAGCUACAGGUUUUGAAGAUGCGGAGAUCUACAAUGGGAUCAGAGAUGAAGACGAUGAAGGGGAUGGAAGCUGAUAGAAUGAUGAAUUUACAGAAUGUAAUGGUCAUAACUACUGUUUUACCUCGUCACUAUACAGGGCUUCAGAGUCGGGGUGGCUCUUUAUUUGUAAUAAGUAGGAAAUGAUGUAUAGUAUAUGUGUAGAUGCCUCAAGCUGGUGGUUGAAAUUUAUUGAAGGUUGGAGUUGAAAUUAAAGAUCAAAAUCAUGCCCUGUUUUUGUAUGUUUAUUGUUAAUAUAAUGAAGAUUUUCUUUCCUUUUUGUA